AUGUCAAAGAAACGAACCCUUGAUGCCUUCUUCAGCCCUGUAGUCAAGAAGCCCCGGAAUGAGACCAAUGUCAACAGUGAGCAGACUGUCGAAGAAGUUACUUAUUCAAAACACCGGCAGUAUCCUCAUCCCAUCAAAAACUUGCCAACUUCUAUUAGCAACGAGCUGGUCACUCUGCCAGCUCGACCCGGACGGGAGAUCAAUGACCAGCCCGACCUGGACCUACUAUACUUUGAGCCGUUUAUCCCGGGCCAUGUUUCUAGGAAGCUGUUUGAGUUCCUCCGCGCAGAACUGCCUUUUUACAGAGUUGAAUACAAGAUUAAGCGCGGUGGCAUAGAGACUCAAAUCCGAACUCCAAGAUGGACAACAGUCUUUGGCAUCGACGAAACAUCAAAGUUCAACGACAAGGGUGAGCCAAUCGACGCCAGCACCGGCUCCAGAGCGUCGGACAAGCGAUACGACAGGUAUCCGCCCCGACGCAUACCGGGAUGCCUCGAUGAGCUCCGCCGGCGCACCGAGGCGGCCACGGGCUGCCAGUACAACUUUUGUCUCGUCAACUACUACGCUUCAGGAGCGGACAGCAUCAGCUUCCACAGUGACGACGAGCAGUUCCUGGGCCGCGACCCCGCCAUUGCCUCAUUUUCUUUGGGAGCCCGGCGAGACUUUCUCAUGAAGCACAAGCCGCCGUGUCCAGACGCCCCUCCUCAGGAGUCGAAACCCCUGAAACUACCUUUAGGCAGUGGUGACAUGGUGUUGAUGAGAGGCAGGACACAGUCUAACUGGUUGCACUCGAUCCCGAAACGGACGGGCAAGAAUGAACAGGACGGAGGGAGGAUUAAUAUCACCUUUCGGAGAGCCAUGGUCAAAGGUGGAACAGAAAAUUACUACAACUACAAUGUGGGAACAGGACCAGUGUACAGAUGGAAUGGGGAAUCUCGUGAGAUGCUGGUAUGGAAACCAUGA